ACAAGUCAAUCUAUCAUUAACUGCUUCACGAAGUUCAAUAUGAGAGCACUAAGUUGGAUACACCGAAGAUUUGGGCAUAACAACGAACCAAGCAGAAAUGUUUCCACUGGGAAAUCUACUUCUUGUUUCUCAAUACUAUGGGAGCUUGACGAGCAACAACAUUAUACCCAAACUAAUAAUUCUGCACACUUAAGGCACCCAAGAGCAUUUUCAGAAUCACCAACUGCACUUCAAGCAUUUGGAUUGGAGAAAGUGAAUGCAGAGGAAACGGCUGAAUUGACCCCUGAGUUCUUUCACGGAUUUCUUGCAAUUGGGACUCUGGGUUAUGCAUCAAUUACUGAAAAGGCCAUAACACCAAAAGAUGCAAUGCCAUUUGAAAUUGUAACCGAAAAAGAAACCAGUGCAGCAGCGAAUGAAUUGCAGGGUCUGAAUAAGAAUUUUGAUAAGCUAACUGAAAAGGAAGUACAUGAUGCAAGGAAUAUAUCAUCCAAUGGCUUGAAUAUGGAAAAAAGCAAUUAUACCACGGUGAAAGAUUAUUCUGAAACAGCUGCAACCAAAGAAGAGUUAAAGAAACAUAGAACCAAACCUGAUAACCUUUUCAAGAAAAAAGUCACAUCCUGCAAAAAAUUAGACUUUAUGAAUAAAAUGCUAAAAAUGCUUGAUUUCUCAUCACAGUGCAUCCCAACUUCUUCUACUAAGGCUACUAUUUGUGAUUCAAUUGAGAAGAAAUCCACUAAGGUCUUUCGUAAAUCAAAAAAAAUCCACCCCGAAGCAACUGAAAUGGAUGACACAAAAUCAAACCGCUAUGAAGUCAAGAAGAUGUUUAUAGAUGAACGCUAUGAUCAUGACAUGCCAUCAGACAAUGAAGACAACACAUCUCCUCAAGCUCAAAUAUUAAAAAAAGAUACACUUAGCAGCCAGAUAGCUGGAAAAAAAGCACGCUGGAUUAAAACUGACGCAGAUUAUUUUGUGCUGGAGUUUUAGACGUGGGAGAUAAUUGAUGUUAAAUCCUUCUUUAAGUUAUCUCAUCCCUACAAGAAAGGGAGUUUGGUUGUGUGUUAGGUUGAUAAUACCAAGUAUCAUGAAGUUUGUAACAGUCAAUAAAUGAGAAUAACCAAAAUAUCUGAUAUGACUGUUGUUCUCAAAAAAUUUAUUAAUAUUAAGAAGUAUUUUAUUUAUUAAUUAGAA